GGCUGGAACCCGGAAUUGCCACCUCUCUGUUUCCUUUCUACGUCGGCUGUAUACCUCUUUUUACCUUUUUUAUAUUUCUAUUUUUUACCCCCUCCUCCCCUCCUGCCUUUCUUUUUCUGCUGGCUUGUGAAUAAAGUGGGAAUUCACCAUGUCACACUCACCAGCAUCUGAGGAAAAGAAAGCACUGUUGCGAAAGGUGUGUGCGGAUGCGUUGAGAGUGAUGCCUUCUCACACGCCAGUGACGUUCAACGGAGAACCUUCGUAUGCGACUUUUUUACCACCUACGGAGAUACUAAAGAAUACCAGACACGCCUACCUGUCAUUUGAGAAACGACCCAUGUGGCAGCCCAUUCCCGAGGGUGCGAUCCUUGAUCAUAAAUUCCUCAAGAUGAAACAUCACGUCGUCCCAGAUCCCACGUGGGUUCCCCCGGUCAAAGAGCGACCGCCACCUUCACCGGUGUUCCCGCGUAGCCGUGGUAUUAAACUGAGAGACGUUGAUACAAUCAUUAAAGAAGAUCGUAUGCUCCGUUCCCUGUCAGAAGAAGAACGUGAAGCGUACAGUUCAUCUCGAAAACCUCAGCAACAAGGACCGUCUCAACCGCCCAAUAAACCGCCGCCGCUACCCAAAAAACCCGAUCCUGUCAUGGAUAUAAUUAACGAAAUUACAGCCGCGAGCCGGCAUUUGAGUUCUGCACCUCAUCCGUCCACCACAAAAUCUUCCAUUCCGUCUUCUUCCAAUCCCAACAACAAAACCACUCCCACCACCGCCACCGUCACUACUCCCAUUCAAUCCUCUUCCAAAAACAAAGAAGACGGUACUCCACGGAAGAAGUCCAAUUCCACUACUUCUGGACGACCCACCACCUCUGGAAAAGGCGUCAAGUCAUCCGCCGAAUUGUCCAAAGCUCAAUCAGUGCACGGCCGAUCCACCCCCGAACAACGGAAACCGUCCCCACCUAUUUACAGUCACAUAUCUCUUCACGACCUAUUAAUUGCUAGGGACUUUAUGCCGUUGCAUAUGGAUGAUCCUGUGGUGAAUCGGAAACUGUCGCAAUUGAAAGAAAAAUCCACCACGAAAAAUAAACCGAAAUAUGCGAGACCAAUUUUACGUCUGCACGUGAAAUUAAAGGUGCCAGAAGCCAAACGGUCUCGGUCCAAAGAAACUUUACCGGAAACACAGACCACUCCGCUACGAAGUAAAAAGUCGGUGUCUGCAGCUGUGGAGUCGGAACGAGAGGACGAUACGAUGGCGACCAAAGCACAGCCACGGGCAGAGAUUUCUCGUGAAAGGAGCAAAUCCGCUGCUGCACGAGAUCGAUCCAUGGAACGGUCACCGGAUGCAGCCAAACAAUCGAUUACCCGGAAACCAUCGCCUCGGAAACCGUCGCCGGUGCCUCAUCGCGCUGUAAAGAAGGAAUCAACCCCUGUGAGUGGGGACAUGACGUCGCAAGAUGAUGCUCAGCCGCCGGCAAAAUGGAGUUUACCGACAGGCACGAUACCAACCGAGUUUAUACGAUCCAUGAAGAUUCCAAAACGGACACGAAGCGAACCCAAACCCGAAGAAAAACCUUCGCUCUUGCCUACCAAACGAAUAAAGGAACAAGAGGUGGAAUUGGAAGAAGGAGAGACCAUCAGCCCGUCCCCUUCGCCCAUGGGACCGAUCGCUGCGACGACGACGAUCGAGGUGCCUUUGGAUACGAAACGAAGGCGUCAAACGACGUCGGAUCGAGAGAUGCCUCGACAUCGUUCGUCAAGAAAAGAUAGUCAUGACCGCAAAGAGAGUCGACAUAGAGGAGGAGACGACAGGGAUGAAGAUGAUCGACGUCGUCAUUCAAGGAAGGAAAGUCGACGAUAUGAUGACGACCGAUUGGGUGACGAUCGUCGUAAAGCGAAACGUGACAGUCGCUCUUUGGAGGAAGAAAGGUACGACGAUGAUCGACGAAAAUUACAUCGUAAGAAUAGUCGAUCGUAUGACGAUGAUGAUAAACCCGAUCGAAGUCAACGUCGUGACAGUCGACAUUCGUCUUCAUCGUAUACGGAAAAAUCGCGUCGUGGUGGAGCUGGAAUGAGCCCCAUCGCUCGAUCCCCUUCGGUAUCACGAAAACUGUCGUCGACCAGUUCUUCGGAAUCGAAUCAUCGAAAAACACCGACCGCCGAUACCCUCUUGCAACGUCCUUCUUCUACCUCGUUGGAAGGAGCCGUGUCACCAAACCUGGCUUCUCAAAAGCUGUCGCCCAUGACAGGUUCGACAGUCACUCCCGAUACAAAGGAUUUGCAAAAGGGAUUGUCCAUGUCUCCUCGACACGGUUCCAAAGACUUGUCCACGAAACCCAGUUCGACUGUGGAACCCGAUCAACAUUCGUCAUCCGAAAAAGCUACGCCACCUGUUCCUGCUCCUUCCACUCAUGCCUCUUCCACCACCCAUCUAUCGAUUGACAAAGCAGGCGCCUCUUCGUCUGUUUCCUCGCAAUCUCCGACCCCCCAUCAUUCCUACUUGAACGCUACCGCACCGGAUGCCGAGAGUCCAAGUCAACUAAAGAUGUACUCCAUCAUGUAAGUUCCUGAAGCUGGCGACGGCUCACAAGCGUCGGGGGGAUCAUGCGAGUACGGAAAUUGCGGGAAUUUUGGACCACAUGCAUGCGAUCUUGAAUUACAUCCUUACGUUCUUUUAUCACGAUAAGCUGGGGCAA